CAGGUCAUAAGAUUCCAGUUUUUUUUUAUACUUCUUUGAUAUAAAAUAACCUCAUAUAAUAAAAGGAAUAUAAAUUAUCAAAUAAAUUUGAUACGAACUUUUAAUGUGCCAUUAUAUCACAAUAUUGUAUUUAAGUAUAAAUUGGCACUACUUCUAACAUGUUGCACCAGAAAUAGAAUUGAUUUAGCGCAUUUAAUUUUGCAUAAUACAUACUUAAUACUAUUAUGUGAAUAUAACAUUUUUUUAUUUGGUGAAGAUAGUUGUGAGUAGCUGAAUCUCAAUCCAAAACUCUAUUAAUAACUGAGUAAUGUUGUUAUGAUCUAAAUUACAACAUGCUGCUAAGAAGGCAAUUUUCGCAACAAUUUAUUUUUAAUUUUCUCAAUAACCUAUUGCCUGGAGAAAUAGUUCGACGUUAUUCAUCUCGGAAACUGGAGGAAGCCUAUGCAAGAGUGAAAGCAAAAUGUGAAUCAAAAAAGCUCCCAAAAGAUGUUAAUCCAAGUGCCGUCUUUGCCUGCAAUGAACUAGAUUUGAAGGAAGUAAAUGUAUAUGGAUUUGACUAUGACUACACCUUAGCAUGUUAUAAACCUUCCUUAGACUAUCUCUUAUACAAUUUAGGAAGGCAAACUUUAAUAGAACACUACAAGUAUCCCAAAGAAAUAGCACAACUAGAAUACAAGCCAGGUUUUGCAGUCAGAGGACUUCACUAUGAUAUCCAAAAAGGGGUCCUUAUAAAAUUGGAUUCUUUCCUGCAAAUUCAAUUUGGGGCUGUAUAUAGAGGACUUAAGCCUUUAUCGAACGAUGAAGUUCUUAAGCUUUACAAAAAUCGAAUAUUGCCAAUUGCUUAUGUGGAAGGAAAUCGAAAUUCUUCGGAUGGCCAAUCGCAAAUGAUUCAACUCGCUGAUCUAUUUUCUGUGCCAGAAAUGUGUCUGAUAUGCGACGUUACAGAUUAUUUUGAAAGAAAUCAUGUAGAUUAUCAUCCCGAAAUAUUAUUCAGAGAUGUGAAGGCCUCCAUCAAAUUUUCCCAUCCUGUAAUGCAUUCUAUUGUUUCCCAAAAUGUGUCUGAAUACAUUGAAGCCCAUGAUUUGAAACCCCUAUUUGCUAGAUUGAAACAAGCCAAUAAGAAGCUAUUUCUGGUUACCAACAGCCCCUACAAGUUUGUUAAUAAAGGCAUGGAACAUUUGGUCGGUUAUAACUGGAAGGAUUACUUUGAUGUUGUUAUAGUGCAGGCUAGAAAACCAAAAUUCUUCACAGAUAUCUCAAGACCCAUAAGGGUAUAUGAUGAACGAAGCGGUAUGCAUAUAUGGGAUAAAGUUAAUAGGCUGGAAAAAGGUGUUAUAUAUUAUGAAGGAACAGUUAAACAACUUCAAGAACUCACCGGUUGGAGAGGUCAUCAGGUUCUUUACUUUGGCGAUCAUCCUUACAGCGAUUUAGCCGACGUUACUCUGGAACAUGGAUGGAGGACUGGAGCGAUAAUAAACGAAUUAACACAUGAAAUAGCUACAUUGAACAAUCCACAAUUCAAGAGGGAUGCAAAUUGGCUUCAGAUGUUAACACAGUUGAUUGAAGACCACCAGGACUUUGAGGGGCCUGAUGCAGAGGCAACUUUAGCAAAGUGGAUGCAAGAAAGGGAUAAAUUGAGGAACAACAUCAAAUGCGUUUUCAACAAACAAUUUGGCAGUGUAUUUCGGACAUACCAUAAUCCGACAUAUUUUUCACGGAGAUUGUUCCGAUUUGCAGAUAUAUAUACUUCGAACAUACUCAAUUUAAUGAAUUAUUCAGUGAAUCACACUUUUUACCCUAGAAGAGGUGUUAUGCCACAUGAAUACAUUUCCUACUUUGUGUGAAAAAGUAUUGUUUCACUGUCAUAUAUAUUUUUUUGAAGCAGAUGUAACAACUUCAUCAUUUUCGAAUGAAUUUGUUACGUGAAUCUAAUAUUAAUAUUAAAAAUGAGAUUGUUGGAACUGAUGAACUGCCCUCACGUGUAGUUGGAAAAUUGAAAAAUCUCAGGGAUACAUUGAACUAGGCCAAUUUACUUUUUAUAGUGGAAUUUAUUGAUUCACAAUUAUUGAAACGGCGAUUGAAUUGUUUGUGUGCUGUUUUGAUUGACAAAAAUGUGGGAAUCAGGUUUGAUUUCACAAAUAAUUUGGGUAUCUCAGCGAAUUUAUGCAUUUUUUCUAUACAUAUUGAAUCGUGAAGAUAGAUACAUUAAAUACCUGAUUUUCAUUAUAUCACUUCAUUUAAUAUAUUUUAUUAUUAGUGGCUGUAAUUUCCAGACAAGAAGAGACAAUAAUCAUGAAAUAUAUAUUUUGAACUGA